AGGGGCUCGAAACAGUUCCGUCGCAGUUCUCCAACGGUACAGAGGUGCAAUCGCUUAAUUCUCGCAAAAAACAAUCAGUACCCAAUUAUUAAAUAGUUGCUAACAAGUUCAAAAUGAUGCAAUAUCUUGUUGUUAGCCUGGCACUUUGCGCCACAAUUUGCUCUGCUGCUCAGACGCGCAAUAUGCCCAUUCAAGCCAUUGCCUAUCUGAUCGGACCCGUGCAAUCGGAUAAUACCCAGGUCAAGGGCAACGUGACCUUUACGCAGAACGACUGUGGUCAGAAUGUCCAUGUGCGCGUCCAGCUGGAGGGAUUGAAGGAGGGCAAGCACGGCUUCCACGUCCACGAGAAGGGAGAUCUGACCAAUGGAUGCCUCAGCAUGGGUGGUCACUAUAACCCCGAUAAGGUUGAUCACGGUGGCCCCGAUCACGAGGUGCGUCAUGUUGGCGAUCUGGGCAACCUGGAGGCCAACUCCACGGGCAUUAUCGACAUCACAUACACGGAUCAGGUGAUCACCCUAACUGGCAAGCUGGGCAUCAUUGGCAGGGGAGUUGUGGUCCACGAACUGGAGGAUGAUCUCGGUCUGGGCAACCAUACGGAUUCCAAGAAGACCGGCAAUGCAGGCGGCCGCAUUGCCUGUGGUGUUAUUGGCGUCAACUCGGAUGUGGACGAGUGGCCAUGUCGCGAUGGCGGCGCCGGCGCCCUGCGCUACUCCUUCUCCAUCCUGACCGUCAUCGUGGCCUUCAUCAUGGCCCGCAGCCUUGACUAACCCGCAGCAUGCACCCGGAUCGGAUCGUAUGCACGCAUGUGGCAUGGGAUUGUUGGCCAUCGUAGAAAUCUGCAUACCCACUUACACACUAAACACAACCAUAAUUCGCACACCACCACAACAGUAAUUAUAAUACUCCAGCAUUAUCCACCCAAAUAGAGAACUCAAAGGAACUAACUAAGCUACUUGUAAAGUGUUUGAAUUGAUCGAUAAUACAGUUUGUUAUUUGUAUUUCGGGUGUUUGCAAUUUGUACGUGCUUAGAUAGUAACUAAAGUUGCUUAAAAUGAACGACAGAUAAGCUCUAAUUUUAUAGAAAAGAUUAGACAAAGUCUUUCAAUUUUACUGUUCGAAAAAUCAAAGUACUAGUAAGUUAUCAAGAGAAUUAAAUAACACUUCAUUUAA